AUGGUCAUCCCCACCGACCCCAAGUUCGAGGGCUUCGAGCUCCUUCAAACUCCAUACAAGACCGUCCAAGGCCAUGACAUCCGCGUAGAUGUCUUGGUUCCUCGCACCUCUGUCACCGGAAAGAGGCCGAUCAUCGUCCGCUUUCACGGCGGUGGCCUGGUUACGAUAACCCUCCACCAUCCGACUCCGACAGGCACUAACCAAAACAUACAGAUAAUAGGCGACUCAAUUGGCUGGUGGCCUCAUUGGCUCUCCGACUUAGCCCUCCAGCACGAAGCGAUCAUGAUCAGUCCCAAUUACCGCCUCCUCCCAGGCUCGACCAGCCCAGAAAUCUACGAAGACGUGGAAGAUUUCUGGAAAUGGCUGCAUUCCCCCGAGCUGAACCGCUUACUGGCGCAGAACCCGACGCCUGUCGAGGCCGAUCUCGACCGUGUGCUUACCUUCGGUGAAUCGGCGGGCGGCCUGCUGAGUGUAUAUGUUGGCCUUUCUCACCCGGCGGACAUCCGGGUUAUGACAGCUGCAUACCCAAUGCUUGAUCUAAACCCCGACCCAUCCAAGUCCAGCCCGAAGCUACCUUUGGGAAUGCAUACGGAUAAGAAAGUGCUCGACGAGGGUCCACCACCUGGCACUGUUGAGUCAUCAAUCCUGGUAGGGGAGCGCUCUAAAUAUAUGCUCGCUGCGUUUGAGUAUCAGACGUUUGGCCAAAUUUACGCUCGGGGCACGGACGUGCCUGUUGAAGACGCGCAGAAAUUUGUUGAUCGUCUCCGCGAGGUGACCAAGGGCCAGCCGGGAAAUGACAAGAUUGUGCUGAGUCUGCAACAUGGAGAGCAUGGGUUUGAUAUGGAUUUUCGGUUGACGGAACCGUGGAUUCAAGAUGUCUUCAAGCAAGCUGUGGAUAGCUGGCUGGCGUGA